AUGUCGCACAUUCGCGGACUUCUUGCUCAUAACGAUACGGACUCGAUAAUGAACACGUUCAUCAUGAAAUAUCGCGUCUGUAGAGCGAUCUUUGCGCGGUUACCGAAGUGGCAGAUCGGCGUCCAUCGCCCGAAGCCAUCACGACGCGGCGGGGCCUUCUACGCCUGCUUUGUUCUCGAAUCUCCCUCAACCGCCACGCAGGUGCACCACAAUAGUCCAAUCAUGAUACCGUCGGGCCACAUGCUCGGC